AUGGGAAACUCCGUUGUUGAGAUCUUUGACGGAUUCGAAGAACGCGCCAACUUGUACAUGCUAGCACUUGGUGGUCCAUCGACCGGUAAGACCCAAAGCCACAAAAAUUGUGUAACUGAACCUAUUUUACAUAAUUUGGAGACGAAAACUGGAGCAGAACUUGUUAUCGAAGACGCUACGUCUAAAGGACUUUUCAAUUUUUACAUCCGAAGCAAAAAUCGAGUUGCACUCUGCGCCAUUGAUGAGUGUCACGAGUGGUUCAAGACGGUGGUUGGUUACAAGAGUGCGUCGUCAGCCCCAUCAAUGAAACGCCUACUCCAAUGUUACGAUGGAUCACACUGGUACGAGAGUAAAGGAAACACGAACAAAAGAAUGGGUGUUCCUUCGGCUGCUUUGGCACUAUCGUGCUUUACUCAACCAAACGCCUUUUUGCGUCUUGUGAUGCCAAAACUAGUGAGCAACAGUAAUGGGCUGUUAGAUAGAUUUCUAGUGUGCCUUUCAUCCGCUAAAAGUGCUCCAAUAAGCAAUCAUCGAAUCAAGAAGCUUUCUCGAAGUCGGCACCUCUUUAUCAAGCCGCGCUCCACCGUAGUCAUUAUCCAACAAAUUUACGCUACUCCCCUAAUAAUAAACAGAAGAAUAGAACGAGAACGAGAAAUAUAA